AUGGAAAAUCGUAUCGUACUCUAUGAUAUCGUUAAACGACUACCAACUAAACAAUAUUCACUCAUGGAUCCAGCCGUCAAUACCGAUUCUCUUUUUACCCAGCUUUCGAAUCCUUCGAAUUCCAGCCUGGAAGUGAAGGUUGUUCACACUAAACUCUGUUGUCAGAAUACACAAUCUAUUGAAGCGUACCCUAAAACUGAGAUUAAGGACGAUUUUCUCUCUAACGGUGUGCUGUAUGAAAAGUUUAACGUUAGACUUCUCCUAUGUGCUGUACUGGAGGGUGUUGUGGUUUACAGAAAAGAGACUGAAGUAGCACGUUGA